AUCGGCGUGACGUCUGGACGGCCGGAAGGGAUGUGAGAAGAUCGGUCGGUACAGAGUUCGAGAAGAGGAUGGCGGAGGAAAAGGAGAAGCUCGUUCAUGACACAAGAAAGAGAUUUGCACAGGAAUAUUUACAAGACAAUUCUAGUAAGUAUGAUAGCCGUGAUGUAGAAAGACUUCAGAAAGAUGAUGGCUGGGUGGAAAGCUAUCUGCUGUGGAGGCAUAACGUGAUUGAGGAAGCUUUGAAGAUGAUUGAUGAAAGCUUCAGAUGGAGAAAAGAGAUUGCUAUUAAUGAUUUGAAUGAAUCCAUUCUCCCCAGAUGGUGUUUUGAUGUUGGUGCUACAUAUCUACACGGUUAUGACAAAGAAGGCAAUAAACUCUUCUGGCUCAGAGUAAAGCUUCAUGUUCGAGAUGCCAAAACAAAUGAAGAUAAGAAGAAAUGUGUAGCAUUUUGGCUGGAGCGGUAUGCCAAGAGGGAGCCAGGCAAACUCCUAACGGUUGUCUUUGAUAUGGCUGAGUGCGGACUUAGUAAUGUAGAUAUGGAUUUUGUACGUUUUGUAAUCAGCUGUUUUAAAAUCUACUACCCAAGAUACCUGUCAAAGAUUGUAAUCUUUGAAAUGCCAUGGAUAAUGAAUGCUGCCUUUAAAAUUGUGAAAGGCUGGCUUGGUCCAGAAGCCAUAAACAUGCUGAAAUUUGCGAACCGGAAUGAAAUUCAAGACUACAUUAGUGCUGAAUACUUACUUCCGCAUAUGGGGGGAACAGAUCCAUUUAAAUAUAGCUAUCCUCCAUUACCCGAUGAUGAUUUCCAAACCCCUAUGUGUGAAAAUGGGCCAAUAACCAGCGAGGAUGAGCUUGAAAGUAAAGAGGAAAGUGAGGUGGACACAAGGGAUGCCAUAGAUUCAUGUACCUCUGAGGAGAGUGCACUGAAGCCCAGAAAGAUGAACUGCACUGAAGAUCUUUUCAAACACGAGGAUAGUGAAAAGACUGACUCAAAGCUGAAAAACAACAGGAAGACGUCAACGAUUUUUAAGGGACCUUUACUACACAUUAGUCCUGCAGAAGAAUUGCAUUUUGGAACCAAGGAAGGCGGAGAAAGAAAAUGUACUAUUGUUCUUAAUAAUGUGACCAAAAAUACAGUGGCUUUUAAGGUGAGGACAACUGCACCAGACAAAUACAGAGUGAAACCCAGUAAUAGCAGCUGUGAGCCCGGAUCCACUGUGGAUAUUGUGGUUUCCCUUCAUGCAGCCUCCAUAGCAUCACUGCAAGAUCGCUUUUUAGUGAUGGCUGCAGAAAUGGAGCAGUCAUCUGCUACAGGAGCACAGGAAUUGGCCCAGUUCUGGAAGGAAUUGCCCAGAAAUAAGAUCAUGGAACACAGAUUAAGAUGUCACAUUGUGGAAACCAGCAAGCCUUCUACAUUAGUAUUAAAGCAAAACUCGUUAAACAGGAAUUCUUUAGGAAGUGAUGAUCUUCAGUUUAAGUUAAAUCAAAUACUAGAAGCAAACCGAAGACUGGAAGAGCAGAUUAGGCAGUGUGUCUGGCAUCAGCAUAUAAUAGCUUUUCUAUUGUCUAUUUUUGUGGCCAUAGUUUUAGCUAUGUACCUUUCCAAAGACACAAGAAGCUAGGUAACGCUGCAAAUUCUGCCAUGAUGAUCGUCUGUCAAAGGAACAAAACGUUCACCUGACCAAAGUUGCCUUUACUAUUCAGUGUGUGAUUGAACUACACAGUAACAGGAAUAAUCAGGAUAUCUGAGACACGCAUAAGAAUGUUUUAGAAGCCAGUUUGUGUCUCAUUUUAGAUAUCUUAGUCGCUCGUCAGUGUUGUUUAGACAUUUCCAGUUAUUCUUAUAGGUUUUUCUUUUCAGCUCUUUUGCUUUACUGUACAUAUUUGCAUUGCAACAUCCUUGUCUGGCCAUGAAGAGACAUUAACAGAGGCCAAAGCUCCCUUAUCUUACAAAAAAGUGGUUUAUUGCAGCAGGUACAUAAACAAGAAGCAUCUAUUAAAAUAUAUAAUUUCUGUAUGUGACAGAAAUCCAACUACAUUUAGUAGAAGUGUCAAACAAGGGUUAGGAGCAGGAGUAACCAUAUUUAACAUAUUUCUCAGGUCAACUGCCAUUUUUAGGUGUUUUUGUACAACUAGGUUUCGCUGUCUAAUUUUAUCAAAAUAAGAUAGACUUAAUAGGUGGUGAAGUAUUCUUCCAUGUGUGAAGAAUGAGCCCCAGAACAUACUAUACAUCUAAGAGUUUACACUUCUUCAGUUGCCAUGGAUCCAAUUUGCUUUGAUAACGUACUGAAAUGAUAGGCUUGCCCAAAAUGUUCUCAGACGUUCUCGUAUAUGGUGGCAGCACCAGAUCCAACCUGUUGAUUGUAGAUGGGGACAGUAGGAGCAACUGAUUGUCACAGAGCAAAGUUAAUGCCUUUCCAUCUUCUGGUAUUUCAGCGUUUACAGUUGUGAAAAAGUAAGUACACAACAUGAAAACUGAAUUUUUUUUUUUUUAAAUAUAUUUUUGCAGGAAAACAUUAGAUCUUUAUUCAAACAAUGUCUACAAAUAAAGGUGAUUGUCUUAAAGGGGAAAUGUUCCAGUGCAAUAGUUUACUCAACAAAAAUAUCAAUUGGUGUAAUUGUGUCCUGUGAAAAAGUAAGUACACCCUUGGCCUCAGACGUUAGUAUUGCCCCUCUAAUAGAAAUUACUUUUUGUAGCAAAGAGACCCAAGAUAUCUGAGCUUUGUCUUGAUGGGUAAGGGAGUAAACAUUCCUAUGCAGACUGCAUUUGAGUGAUUUUUACCCAACUGUAAUGCUGAACCUCAAUGAUUGAAAGUACUGAAAACUAAUAAUUGAAAGCCCACAGUGUGCAAUUAAAUCAGGGUAAGCAAUGUCCAUACAGAUGUGUUGCCUAUAUAACUAUUCAAGACCAGUUCCAAUGCAUAAUCCCUAAAGCCCUUUUAGACAAGCAUUCAGUCUGUCAGUUUUUCAGACAGCUCCAGACUGAUCUGCUUUGUAUUUCUAUGGGCGGACCCAGAUCAGUUUGUGUAUGCCAUUUUUUGCAGACAAACAGAUGCUGUUCAUUUUGUGGCCUUUUUUAGGAUAAAUACAUUUUUGUUUUUACUUUUAUCUAAUGACUAAUUUCAUCAACAAUUUAAGAAAAUAGACAAAUAAAAAAUAUGAUGUAAACAGAACUGAAGAUGCACGAACCGAUGUUAAAUUUUAGUCUUGGGUUAUCUUGUGAUUAUUGGCCCCUGAAUCUGGAGCACCUGACACAUUUCUUGUAUUUGAACUGGUGGUAAAUAUAGGGAUAACAAAACUGACAUUUUCUUUCAUUUAGAUUGAGAAUGCAUACACUAUGUUAAGUUUAUGUAUGAUUUGUUCAUUUAUAAUGCCUGUAUAUAAAUGCAGUGUUUGAAUGAAGAUCUAAUGAUUGCCUGUUCAAAUAUAAAAAAAAGUCCACAAUGUGGCUUUCUUUUUCACACUGCUGUAUAACAAUAACAAGAGUAUGUAAAUGCCACUCAUGUACAGUCCACUCUUGUUCACUCUUGAGGAAUGCAAACUGCACAUGCAUGGGAAGGGAACAAAGCUGAGUGCUCAUUUGUGAGUUUCCAGGGCUGAAGAACCAAUGCUUGGUAGGCACUGCCAUCUACAGGACUGGGUGGGGGGGGGGGGUUAUUUAAAAGAGCAGCUGGAAAAUGAUGCAUUCUUUUAUAGAACUGAGCAACAUGUACUGAAUAUGCUGUAAUGCUUGGGAUUUUUUGGGCAAAAGUCAGUAAAGGUGAACUGACCCUUUAACCCAUCUGUUGGCAUGCUUCUAGCCAGGUUGUCUCUUGAAAACUGUAAACACACAAAUGAAUAGGGCUCUGGAUUCAAAUUUUUCUUAGGGUCACUGAAUUACAGUGGGCACACUGGCUCCAAUUCGGCAGCAUAAAACUGGGGAUUUUAUUAGAAAUAGAGAAUGAACCCAGAGUUGAGAAUCCACAUCCAUACAAUCCAAUGAAAGCACCAAACAAACUUUUAAAAGUGAGGUUUUUAAUGGAAAAAACUGGAUUCAUUGCAGAAAAACCAACGUGUUUCAGGGGCCAAACACAGUACCUCUUUUUAUCAGGGCUACAAGUACAAUGAAAAAUGUCAAAUAUAAAAGUAAAAGAUCAUGACUAUACAUGGAAAUAUACAGGUGAAAAAUAAUGACAAAGGUCUAAAAAAUAAAAGUAAAAGGUCAGGUGUACAGGUGAAAAAUAAUGAAUAUAAAAGCGUAUAUAUCUAUUUGCAUAUAUUAUCGGAUUUAAUUAAAUAGCAGAUUUCAAAAUGAUAAUAUCUAUCUAGAUGCCAAAGGUCGCAACACUUCAUUAGUAAACAGUAAAAACAUUAUAGGCAACAGUUCAGUAAAAACAGGACAAAAUUACAGUCAACAUAAAUUAGAAUAAAUGAUAUUUGUCAGUGUAAUGAAUCGCUUUCUAGAACUUCAUACAAAUGUACUCUUUGUAACUGCUGUAUAAAUAUGCUUGACACCACAAAAUAUGUUAUGGUAUGUAUAAUCGUAAUUAUGUUCCAAAAAAUAUAUAUAUACUUUUAUAUAAGAAGUAAAAGCAAACCUUUUAAAUUUGGGACUUGGGUAAGUAGAUACCAAAUAGGUUAAAGGAAGUAUCAGAGAAAACAUAUUGGUGGCAAAAAAAAAAAAAAGCAGAGAUUGAAAAUUAUGAGUUUAUUGUGUAUCAGCAGAUGAGAUACUCUGAAGCAUAACUCUAGAAGACAUACAGUAUAUACUUGUGAUUUACUGCUUGGAACAGAUUCAGGACAGGUUAAGCCAGUGUUAGUGAAUGCAGCAAAGGAAAGUAGGGGUGCAACGGAUCAAAAAACUCAAGGUUCAGAUCGUUCCUCGGAUCAGAGUCACGGAUCAG